UUCGAGUGAGCGAGAUUGAGAAAAAAAAACGUCCCCAUUCAUCCCAUGCGAGGUCAGUCAAACCGCUUAUUCAUGCUGAGGAGACCACGUUAGAGAUAUUUAUUGUGUGGGGUGUUAAAAAAAUGUUUAGAUAAUUGUUUUCUAUUUUGGAUAUCGAGACAAGAAGUGAAUUACGUUGGUCAACAAAUAGGACAACAACCAGCGUAAGGACAGUUAAUUAGAUGUGUGAAGUUCAAAGCAAGCCUCAAAUGUUCCUCCAGUGUUAAAGACGAGCCAUGGGUGGGCUUCACACUCAGCGAACGUCGGACUAACUGACCAUCACAAUUUUACCAGGAUCACCCCCACCCCCUCGUCAGUCCCCCGAUGGCGACGCCCCUGACUGUCUUAAGUCCAGGCAUGUAGUUGAAACCACGCGACCCACCGGUUGCUGGCGCCCGUCCCGUCCCCCCGGGACAUGACGAUGAGCAAAAACCUGGUGUCGUGUCUUGGGGUCAAGGUCUCUCAACUAAAGGUCAUGUGCGGUCUGUCCAUGGACCCGGACUCACGUGAGCAGCGCGCGAUCGACUCAGUGGUCGGUGAAGCCAUCCCAGCAUGCAACUUUGUCAACGUCUACAGACAGAAGAGACAGGAGAAACAGUUGGCCAUUGAGUUUAAGGCCGUGAUGAAGAACCAAGAGGAACACACGAGCAGCGCGGCCCUGAGGAACGUCUUGCUCAACACGAAACAGGACGUUGUUACUUAUGACCACAGUCGCGUCAUCGUGUGGGACAGUCCUGAUGACGUGGGCACAGACUACUACAACGCCAGUUUUGUGGACGGUUACAGCGGCCUGAAGGAGUACAUCGUCAGCCAAGGUCCUAGUACGAAAUGCCUAGUCUCUUUCUGGCACAUGCUUUGGCAAGAGGGCGUUACCACCGUUGUCAUGGCAACCGGUCUGUUUGAAAAUGCUGUGCAACAGUGUGAGAAGUAUUGGGUCGACCAUACACGCCGGCACGCGAAACACGGCCACAUUCAUAUUUGGCACGAAGCGAGCAAUUACCUGGCACAGUUAAACAUUAGGACUUUCAGGAUACAGAAGGAGGGGUGUUGUGAGAGCAGGAUACUGACGCACUACGAGAUGAUUGGCUUCCACGACGAGAGUCCGGACCCGGGUCUUCUGCUCGACGUCAGGAGACGGGUCAACAGCGUGCCUCGACCCGGCCCUACUCUGGUCCACUGUAGGUGUGGCGGUGGAAGGACGGCUGUGUACGUGGCGGUGGAUUACUGCCUCCACCAGCUGCAGGCAGAAGACAGGGUGGAUGUGUACAGCGCUGUCCUGCACCUGCGGAGGUUCAGGAAGAACAUGGUGCGCACGGUGAGCCAGUACCAGCAGAUCUACGAGGCCGUGGCCAUGUACCUCCAGUGUGGUAUCACCGUCUACCCCGUCCACUCUUUUCUCGCCACGUACAACGUCCACUACGCUCACGGAUGUGAUUCCAAAAACAAAAAGCUGGAGCGGGAAUUCCAGGCCUUACAAGCUCUGGUACCAAGGCUGAGUAUCGGGGACUGUGCCAGUGGACAUCGGGUGGAGAACAGGAACAAAAGCCGAGACAUCAUGAUGUUACCUCCUGAAUGUGCCCGACCCUACCUGUCUACGGCAGAUUGUGGUGAUUGUGGGACAGACUUUAUCAACGCUGUUUACAUCAAUGGCUACCACACAGAACAUUCGUACCUUGUGACCCAGUGGCCAAUGAGAAAGACGAUAGCAGACCUGUGGAGGCUGGUGAUAGACUUCAAGAUUACCUCACUCGUCUUCAUGAACGACCCCAGCAAAUUCUCCAGGAACUACCCCAGAUUUUGGCCUCGAGAGAUUGAUCAAGUGGCCAACUAUGGCCCAAUCAGUGUUCGAUACUUGGCCUGUGAGAGAAUAAAUCAUCUUGUUACCAGAACUUUUGCCAUAAGAAAGCCAAAACGACAUCCUCACCUAAUAGCACAAGCACUAAUUAGCAUCAGUGAAGAUAUGAUGAUCAUGAACAAUCUGAUAGGAUGUGAAGUUAGACAAGACGAAGUCAUUGUAAAAAUGUUCCAAGUCAUGAGUCUAGGGGGCAGUGUCGGAGUGAGCAGGAGUUCAUCUCGCAGCAGACGACGAGGGAGUGUGGACGGUACCCAAAGUGAUGGGGACAAGAGGCGCUCCAGCAGUACUGGGGGUGUGGGGAUUAUGUCCAAGUCUCUACUGGCCGUCAUGGAAGGCGCUGUUGACUGGCAGAGAAGGUGCAACAACAGGCAGCCUAUCUGUGUCAUCUCAAAAGAUGGCUGCAGUAGAGUUGGGCUGUUUUGUGCCAUCUCUGUUUGCUGUGACCAGGUGAGGUCUGAGAGGGAAGUCGACGUCUUGAAUGCUGUCCGCAUGAUCCGCAAAAACAGACCACAGUUGGUCCCUAACAUUGAGGAGUACCGGUACAUCUACCACUUCAUGACAGAGUUCAUCCUCCUGUCAGCCUCUAGACCAGACAUUGUUGUAUCAGAGCACCACACAGAUCCCCUCCCCCACACUGUCAGCAUGCACCGCAUCACCAGCCCGCCCCUCUCAACCAACCACCUGCACGGCGGGGUCUACAUCAUGUCAGCUGACUCGGCCGACGCCCACAAGCUUCAAUGUUUCGGUACCAACUUCCACUCUUCCGCUUGUAACAGCAACUUGACUGAGAGGCAAGAUCUCUCUUGUCGAAACAGUGACACCAUCAACAGUUCACAAGCUAGUGCCUCUAUAGAUAACUACGAGACCAGAACUUCUAAAGAUAGGCGUCUCAUAAAUCAUAACAGUUUUCAUAGCCAGCAUCAGGAUAACAAUGUGGCUGAAAAUGGACUGAUUUUAUCAGCUUCAGCUUUGGUUACCGAUGGCAACCACCACACCACCCCACAUCACUGUACUAAUGGGCUUUCAGCACAAGCGAAUCAACUGUGUCUUCCUCCUUUCUUCAAUGAGUCUCAGAGCGUUAGCACUGUUUCAUGCUCCGCUGGUCAAACACUGCCACCCCCAAGUUUGCUUCAGCCACCCCCUCAUAUUUCUUCAUCUUCAUUCUUAGCUCCAGAUGUGUUCCUACAAGGGCAACAACUCCCAACAAAUUCUACCAACCAGAACCAAAGCCCAAGAAGUUUUUGUAGAAGUAGUUCCUUCUGUUCAUGUCACUCUCAUCUCAGCCAUCCUAGUGACUCACCUACAACACGACAGCUCCCUACACUUUCAUCUAGUGACUCCCCUAGGAACAGACUCCCCCCUAAACCUGCAAAUGGUGUGGCUUUAUCAACAGGUCUCAUGAAUGGCCUUCAACAAUGUCUGGUUUGUGACCUUGCUAGCCAUAACUCCAGGGCAACCCGACCUUCUAACCUUGGCCUUGGUAACCCUGAGGUCUCCCAGACUUCAUCGUUGCACCUGCAGCCUGAGAGAUUGUACAAGAAAAGUGAGAGCUCAACCACUGGAGACGUCACACUCAUCCAUGCGUCAUACGCGUCACUGGAGGAGUCACCAUCCAGCAGUGAAGACGAGCGUGACGCCAACUCCACGUGCGAUUGGCUGGAAGAAAUCCCGACCAGCAAGAAAAAAAAAUCUGCCACUUUUCUGCCUUCUUAUGCCCAGUUAACUUCCAACAAUGGUCAAGCCGUAACCCAUCUGACAGAUGAUACUAGGAAUAAUGUUAAAAAAAAUAUCGCAUCCGCUAUUAAAGAAAAAUUGAAAGCCUAUAGAUACAAGAGAAGUAUCAAAGACACAUAGCAGUUUUCUGCAAUCAAGUUAUAAGUAGGCUAUUUCUUUUUAAUCUAAUACAAACUGCUGUUCAAAAUGGAUUUAAUAACAGUUUGUGAAAAAAGUAGAUGGUGUUUUUAAAGUGUUUACUUAGUUUAAAAUGCAAUUAAAGUAUUACUAUAACAUAAAGUUAGGAGCUGGAAAAUUAAUUUGGCCGCAGGUUUAUAACUAAUAUUUUAACGAUGAAAGUGUUCAACAAGAUUGUAUAUACUAGCAAUGAAAACUUUUUUUUCUUUUAAAUAAGGCUUUGUGGUUGUGACAUUACUCUCUAACUGGUGCUGUAAUUAGCCAUCAUUAAUUCUUUUCAUCGUUUUAACUGUACAUAGCUAAUCAACAUUGUCUUAUUUCAUUCCCAGAAAUCAAAUGAUUCCAUUUAGCAGUUUUACCUUUGUGUCAUACCUUAGUCUGACUGACAGUUCCUAAAUGAACAUGUUGAAUCACACCUGUGUCAGAUCUAGUUUGCAUUCCUAUAUGGCAUAUACCUGACAUUCCUAUUUGAAACUUUGCUAAAUGACAACAUUCCUGCUGAAUGACAUUCUACAGUGUCAAGGUAAAUCUGACAUAUCAAAAGAGAUUUAGUUUUCUGUCAUCAUGAAACAUAGCUGGCUAGUCAUUAAGCUGACAUAUUGCUGUCAGGUAUCAUAAUGCUGUAACACUCUGUCAAACGUCAUAAAGCUAACUUCCCUCCAUCUGACAUCAUAAAGCUUUCAUUCUGCUGUCUGACAAUGCUGUCGUUAACUGCUGCCCUACCAACAGAUAGCUAUUAUUGUUUCGAUCUGCACACAUUUAUCAUUGCUUUUAUUAUUUUUUAUCUUCAAGAUAAAAGAACUUCAUGAUGCACCUGAAUAUUUUUUUACUCUCACUGUCUUUCAGGGAAUCUAUUUUUUAAAAUGUUUUUCUUUCUUUCACUUUCUGAUAUAAAAACAUGAUGUAAUAUACACAAGUUAAUCAAUAUUGCAGCAUUAUUGAUAUCUUUCUUAUUUCUCAAGAUUUGUUAUUUUAUCUCACACAACAUUGCACUGGGAUAUCUCUGUAUUUCAUGAUGGCGUUAGAGUUGUGUUUGUGAGAACUUUGUAUGGCGUUAGAGUUGUGUUUGUGAGAACUUUGUAUGGCGUUAGAGUUGUGUUUGUGAGAACUUUGUAUGAAACUGCUCAUAUUUUUUAACACUUCACUAAAAGAAAAAAAAUCUUACUUUUUUAAUUUGCCAGAAAAAAGAACCAACUUUUUAAAACUAUGGUUUUUUUUUCCAUUUAAAAAAUUGAUUUUACAUUUUCUCUAAGUCAAAAACCUUUUAAAAAAAGAAAGUAUGGCAGAUAAUGGUUGCAUCCAAAACAUUCCAGUUAUUUUAAUCUUUAAAAAAGAAAAUUGUCUUUAAAAAAGCACUGCAUAAUUAUGUCUAUUGAUAUUGGCCUAGUUUACUUACAAUACUUACAUCAAGGUAAUAGAUGAAGAAUUAGUUAAUUUAGGCUGGAUUCAAUUUUAAGUGAUGUUUGUUUCCAUAGCAACAUAAAUGGAUAUGAUAUUGUGGUAACAAAGGUGCCCUUUAAUUUACUUGUCUAAGUUAAUGGAAUAUAAAAUGUAUAUUGCAAGUGUAUGUAGGCUCAUUGUAGGCCUUUAUGUGUAUGAAGAUUGGUUGUGCUGAAAUCAAUAAAUAAAUUUACAUUAUGAUCACGCUUAAUGUGUAGUCCAAUCAAGAUUUAUUAUAUUUAGCAUCCUAGGUGUUCUUUUUAUCGCUUCUUAUUUUAAUUUCAACAUAUCUUUAUAUUUCACUUGUUAGGCCAUAUGUUAUACAAUUAUGUUCCAUGUUGUUAGAAAAUUGUAAGUCAAGCAUAUAAAGUAACAGUUUAUUACUAAAGUCAGGCUUGAAGGAAAGGUGUAUGUCAAAUAGUUAUUAGCCAUCAGCUUUUGAGCAGAGUUGUGAAAUAAAUUCUUUUU